AUGUCAGAUCAAUUGGUGCCCGAAACACGGGUGCUCGCCGUGGCCAGCCAUGUCGUCUACGGCCAUGUCGGAAAUACAAUGGCAACCUUUGUGAUGCAAUCACUGGGCUGUGAAGUUGCCGCUUUGAACACUGUCCACUUUAGUAAUCACUCCGGCUAUCGCCAGCUCAAGGGAACCCGGGCCACUGCACAGGAGAUCUCAGACCUCUACCAGGGCCUGUGUCAGAGUAGCCUCACCGAUUUUGACGUCAUGUUGUCUGGCUACGCCCCAAGUGCUGCGGCCGUCGAAUCUGUGGGUGCCAUCGGCAUUGAUCUACAGCAGAAGGCCAAGAGCAAGCCAGGGUCGUUUUUCUGGGUCCUGGACCCGGUAAUGGGCGAUCAGGGCCGUCUAUACGUUAACGACGAUGUAAUCCCCGCCUACAAGAAGAUCGUCCCAUAUGCGGAUCUGAUCCUGCCCAACCAAUUUGAAGCUGAAGUUCUCUCUGGCAUCAAUAUCACUUCGCUGGAAACCCUGGCUGAAGCAAUCACUGCCAUUCACCGCAUCUAUUCCGUUCCCCAUGUCAUCAUCACUUCUGUGCAACUCUUCAAGCUCUCUCAAAGUGGCUCCACCCCUCCACCCCCGGAGAAUUUCCUAACGGUCAUCGGCUCCACCACCAAGUCCGAUGGGUCCCCUCGUAUCUUCCGUGUCGACGUGCCAGCCCUGGACUGUUUCUUCAGCGGCACGGGUGACAUGUUCGCUGCACUGACCGUCGCUCGGUUGAGCGAGGCUGUCUCAAACACGGCCGGGGAUUUGCGCGCGACCAAGUCCUGGAUCUCUCCCGAUAGCGUCGCCGCUGUGGAUCUGCCACUUGCAAAGGCUACCAUCAAGGUGUUGUCUAGUAUGCACAGCGUGCUCGAGCGAACACUUGAGAGCCGUGAUGCAGAGCUUGCUGUCGCGGUGCCGGCGACCAAUGAGCAGCUUUCCGAGGAGGAGGCGGCGAAGAGGGAUUAUUUGCGUCGCACCAAGGCUGCAGAGGUUCGGCUUGUGAGGAAUACAAAUGUCUUGAGGGACCCUAAGAUCCAGUUCGAGGCCCUGGAUUGGCAGAAAGAGGAUCUUCCCAAGCAUUUACAGUGA